GACUCUUCAAUUAAUUGGGUACACCUUGACACUAAACUUGAAUCCGUCAAACCUCACAACUAGCCAAACUCCACUAGAAUUUCUCCUUAUAUACUGCAGUUGCCAACUUUUAUCUUUUCAAAUCACUAGUAUUAACUGCAACUAUGGAUAGUGGUUGUUUCAUUCUCUCUUUCACAGUUGCAACGUUGUUUUAUGUCUUGGCUGGAUCAGUUAUUGAAGUUAAAAACAUCACCACAGAUCAAUCUGCCCUUCUGGCCUUGAAAGCUCAUAUCACUGUCGACGCUCAAAACCUCUUGUCAACAAACUGGUCUACUGCUACCUCUGUUUGCAACUGGAUAGGCGUCACUUGCGGAGCUCGCCACCAUAGAGUCACUGCCUUGAAUCUCUCUAACAUGGGUCUUACAGGAACUAUCCCCCCUCAUAUGGGUAACUUAUCUUUCCUUUCUAGACUCUCCUUUAAAAAUAACAAUUUUCACGAUUCUUUGCCAACAGAGUUAGCCAGAUUGCGUCGGAUUCGAUACAUUAGCUUGUCAUACAACAGCUUUAGUGGUGAAAUACCAUCGUGGCUUGGAGAUCUUUCCCAGCUUCAAAACUUGAGAUUGUACGGAAACAAUUUCAUUGGCGGCAUCCCAACUUCUCUAUGCAACUUGUCAAGGCUAGAGAUUUUCAACUUAGGCAACAAUAGUCUGCGAGGAUCCAUACCUGAAUCCAUUAGUAAUCUCCACAACUUGAAGGAGCUAUAUUUGCAGUAUAAUGAGCUAUCGGGCUCUAUUCCCUCCACCAUCUUCAACAUGUCUUCCUUGCAACUUAUGUCUAUCUUCAACAAUUGGCUUUCGGGGUCAAUGCCUCCCAUUAUCAAUAUCAACACUUCUUCUUCAUUGCAACAUCUUGAUGUCAAUACUAAUAAUAUGUCUGGUCAUCUUCCCUUGGAUAUGUUCUACAAUCUACCACAAUUAGAAGUGCUCUUCUUGUAUGAGAACAUGUUCUCUGGAAGGAUUCCACCAAGUUUAUUUCAGUGCAAACAACUUGUAUAUCUAGCAUUGGACGAUAACAAUUUCCAAGGAAGCAUCCCUGAAGAAAUCAGGAAUUUGACGAGACUUCAAGGGUUGUAUCUUGGCCAUAACAACUUCGAUGACAAAAUUCCAGAACGAAUAGGUGACUUGAAGAGUUUGAAGUAUUUAAGCAUACGAGAAUGCCACCUAACAGGGUUUAUUCCUCUGGUAAUUACAAAUUUGACCCUAUUGGAGGGAAUUGAAUUUAAUGACAACAAUUUGUCAGGCACCAUACCAGCUGAGAUUGAUAACCUCAAUAGGUUACAAUUUUUACAUUUUGGAGGUAACAGAAUCAGUGGCUUCAUUCCAUCAUCAAUUUUUAAUAUCUCAACCAUACAAAUAAUGUAUCUAAAUUUUAAUGACCUCUCUGGGGGGCUUCCAACAAGCACAGGCUUCUGGCUCCCAAGUCUCGAAAAACUUGUGCUCGGAAUGAACAAACUCACUGGACCAAUCCCCAAUUCUAUCUCCAACGCUUCUCAACUAACUGUGUUGGAAUUGAAAGGCAAUGCCUUCUCUGAUUUUAUUCCCGAUUCACUUGGUAAUUUAGGAAAUUUGAAGCGGCUCGAUUUGGGAGACAAUCUUUUAACAACUGAGUCUUCAUCAGCUGCAGGAAUGAGCUUCCUAUCAUCUUUGACAAACUGCAAACAUCUGACCCACUUGACAGUCGAGUAUAAUUCACUGGAUGGAACUCUUCCAAUAUCUAUAGGAAAUCUAUCUGCUUUGCUGCAAUCAUUCGAUGCAAGUGCAUGCAACAUUAAGGGUAGCAUUCCUAGAGAAAUCGGCAACUUAACCAACUUGAUAUGGUUGGAUCUUGCAUCCAAUAAUUUGACAGGAACUAUUCCAACCUCGAUUAGAACAUUAGUGGAGAUCCAGCGUUUGUUUCUUGGAAAUAAUAAACUACGAGGAGCCAUCCCUACAGAGUUAUGUGGUUUGGAGAAAGUCUCUGAAAUAUAUUUGGGGUUAAAUCAGCUCUCUGAACUAAUCCCCCAAUGCUUAGGUAAUCUUAAAUUUCUAAACAAACUUAGCCUAAGUUUCAAUAGUUUAACAGGGACGAUACCCUCAACCCUUUGGAGGUUACAAGAUAUCUUGGAACUAGACUUGUCUUGGAAUUCUCUCAGUGGCUCACUAUCACCAGAUAUUCAAAACUUGAAGGUUAUGAUCCAACUAGAUUUAUCCAACAACUACUUGUCUGGAGAUGUGCCAAACAGUUUUGCUCCUCUCACUGCUUUACAAAAUCUUUAUUUAUCAAAUAAUAGAUUGCAGGGUUAUAUUCCCCAAUCAUUUGGUAACUUGAUUAGCUUAGAACUCUUGGAUCUAUCCAAUAACAGUCUCUCUGGAGAAAUUCCCAAGUCCCUGGAGAAACUCUUCUAUCUCAAGUAUUUGAACGUGUCUUUCAAUAGACUCGAGGGAGCAAUUCCUAAUGGAGGGCCAUUUCCUAACCUUUUGAUUCAGUCAUUUGUUGGGAACAAAGCAUUAUGUGGUGCGCCAUGGCUGCAACUCCCAUCGUGCAAACCUAGUUCCACUAAAAGAUCAAGGAAAGUUGUUUUAGUAUAUAUCCUGACAAUUACCGCAUCGACCCUCCUCGUUCUAGUCAUCCUACUUUUGUUCUUUAGAUAUCGAAGGAGCAAAAGGACAGUGCCAGCAGCUGAUGAAGGUGCAUCACCUCUAACAACAUGGAGAAGAACUUCCUAUCAGGAACUUGUGCGGGCAACAGAUGGCUUCGGUGAAAGGAAUCUAAUAGGCAGAGGAAGUUAUGGUUUAGUUUACAAGGGAGUAGUAGCAAAUGGGAUCAAUGUAGCGGUAAAGGUCUUCAACUUACAACUUGAAGGAGCAUAUCGAAGUUUUGAAUCUGAAUGCGAGGUAAUCAGCAAUAUACGCCAUCGAAACCUUGUGAAAGUCAUUAGCUGCUGUUCAAAUCCUCUUCAUGAUUUCAAGGCCAUCUUACUAGACUACAUGCCCAAUGGAAGCUUGGAGAAAUGGCUGCAUUCUGACACUCAUCAUUUGGACAUUUUGAAGAUAUUGGAAAUUGUGAUAAAUGUUGCUUCAGCACUGGAGUAUCUUCAUUAUGGUUAUUCAACCACAAUUGUGCACUGUGAUAUAAAACCAAGCAAUGUGCUGUUGGACGAAAAUAUGGUUGGGCAUUUGAGUGAUUUUGGCAUUGCCAAGCUCUUAGGGGAAGGACAAUCUAUGACGUUGACCCAAACCCUCGCGACAAUUGGGUAUAUGGCACCAGAGUAUGGGAGUGGAGGACAUAUAUCCAAAAAAGGUGAUGUUUACAGCUACGGAAUCCUGCUGAUGGAAACAAUUACAAGCAAGAAGCCAACAGAUGAAAUGUUUUCAGGGGACAUGAGCUUGAAGCAAUUAGUUGGUGAUUCACUAUUAAAUGGCUCAGUCAUUGAAAUUGUGGAUUCCGAUUUACUGCAUCAAAACGAUCUGCAUUUUGCGGCAAAGGAGCAAUGUGCGGCAUCAAUCCUGAGUUUGGCAAUUAAUUGCACCACUGAUUCACCUAAUGAGAGGAUCAGUAUGGAAGAGGUAGGAAGCAGACUUGAGAAAAUAAAAUCUGAGCUUCUUGCAAGUAUUGCAAGACGAUCAAGGUAUCUACCAGGGUAGGAGUCAUUCAAGUUCCUGCGAUGAAAGCAUUAGUAGAAUAACCUUCUAUGCACAAGUUUGUGAAAUUUUCCUCCAACGUUUUCUGUUACACAAAAUGGAAAAAAGCAAAGCUCUCUUUUGCUAUGCUAUGGUUGUUAAUAUUUAUGCAAGAAUGUAUCCAUGAAUUUGCAAGAAUAAAAUUAUAUUCGA